AUGUACCGUUCCUUCUCGGCGACGGUGCAACGAGGUAGACGCGUGAGUGUACGUGUGUUAUGCACGCUCGCGGCUUCCGCUUGGUUUGUCUCGUCGUCACGAGUGAAUUUUUCAUAUUCCUUCAACCUCGUCGAGUCAUCUUCCGAUUCUGGCUCUCUUUUGGCGUCGUGGUUUGGAUGCCUAUGUCAAGGAUGGCGUGUGUAUUGUAUUGUGUGUGACUCGAGUGUACUUGGUCGGUUCCUCGGACCACAGUGCUCGAUAUUGGCGAACGGCAUUCUCCUUGCCCCUCCCCUGCCUGAGAGACAGGCGUGUAUACACCACCCCCUUUGGCUCUCGCUCGCGCGCAGGUUUGUGUAA